AUACAUGAAUAGAAAUGAAAACCAUAACGCAGCGUUUAAUAGGCCACCGGAGGCAUUGGCUGGGGAAUCUGAAAGCAGCAAACCAAACAUAGCGUUUACAGAGAGAGUUUUCCAGACCGAAAGACUCGUAUAAAAACCGACCCACCACCGUGUUUGGUUUUGCUUUGCAGGACCAGGAGUCAAGUAGUAGGAGACAAGCACAACCUCAACCGGUGAAGUGGACCUGACCUGGCACGAUUCUCCUUCAAAUUCCGGCCAAACUUCCCCCUUUUCUGAUUAUUUUUUAUCGCUGCUGCUACUCGUUAACGGCCUCCAGGUUGACUCCUCCGUCGCCGGUGCAAUGACGGAGAAGCAGCUCAUCGUCGCCGUUGAAGGCACCGCGGCCAUGGGACCUUAUUGGCAAACCAUUCUUUCUGAUUACCUCGAGAAGAUCAUCAGGACUAGAAGGGUUUCCAUGUUCUACAGCAUGCUGUUUACCUGUAGUUAUGUUUGGGUGGAAAUGACAUGAUAGGGCAGAAGUCGCCUAAUUCCAGUAUUGAGCUGUCCCUGGUUACAUUCAAUACCCAUGGAUCAUAUUGUGGUUGCCUAGUCCAACGGAGUGGUUGGACUAGAGACAUUGAAAUUUUUUUACAAUGGCUUUCAGCAAUACCCUUUUCUGGUGGUGGUUUUAGUGAUGCUGCAAUUGCAGAAGGGCUUUCAGAAGCUUUAAUGAUGUUUCCUAGUGCUCAAAAUGGAAACCAAAGUCAACAAAGUGUGGAUUAUCAAAGGCAUUGUAUUCUUGUUUCUGCUAGCAAUCCUCAUCCCUUGUCCACACCAGUAUUUCGACCACAAAUGCAAAACUUGGAGCAAAGUGAAAAUAUUGAUGCCCCAACAGAAAAUCGACUAUCUGACGCUGAGACGAUUGCUAAAUCAUUUGCUUUGUGCUCAGUUUCUCUGUCUGUUAUUUGUCCAAAGCAACUUCCUAAACUUAGAGCAAUAUACAAUGCGGGAAAGCGCAAUCCUAGAGCAGCUGAUCCGCCAGUUGACAAUGUGAAAAAUCCUCAUUUUCUUGUUCUAAUUUCAGAGCAUUUUUUGGAGGCCCGUGCUGCUUUAAGUCGUCCUGGAGUCACAAGUUUGACAUCAAAUCAAAGUCCUGUGAAGAUGGACAUAGCUUCUGUUCCAUCUGUCACAGGACCACCUCCAACAUCCCUGCCAUCAGUGAAUGGACCUAUUAUGAACAGGCAGCCAAUUUCUGUUGGAAAUAUCCCUCCUGCAAUUGUGAAAGUUGAGCCAAGCACUGUAGGUCCUAUGGUUUCUGGACCCAGUUUUUCACACCUUCCAUCUGUUGCACGUCCUGCUUCCCAAGGAGUUCCAAGCUUGCAGACUUCUUCACCAUCUUCUGCUCCGCAAGAGAUGAUCACAAAUAAUGAUAAUGGGCCAGAUUUGAAACCUAUAGUGAGUGGUGUUUCACAGCCAUUACGUUCUGUGGCUCCUGCUCCUGCAAAUGUGAACAUCCUGAACAAUCUCUCUCAAGCACGUCAAGUCAUGAACAAUGCAGCGCUAACAGGGGGAACUUCUAUGGGGCUCCAACCUAUGGGUCAAACUCCGAUGGCUAUGCAUGUGUCAAACAUGAUAUCUAGUGGCAUGACAUCUUCAAUGCCUGCUGCUCAAACUGGGACCCUUUCACAGGUUGCACAAAACUCGGGUCUUGGUCCAUUCACUUCAGCUACUUCUAAUGUGUCUGCAAAUUCAAACAUUGGAAUCUCUCAACCGAUGAAUAAUGUUCAAGGGAGUGUUAGUAUGGGUCAGUCUGUACCUGGCAUGAGCCAAACAAAUCUCUCGGGAGCUCAAAUGGUACAAAGUGGAAUUGGCAUGAAUCAGAACAUGAUGAAUGGCCUUGGUCCAACAGUUCCCUCUUCUGGAACUGGCACAAUGAUUCCUACUCCAGGAAUGUCUCAACAAGUACAAUCUGGGGUGCAGUCACUUGGUGUGAACAAUAACUCAGCAGCAAAUAUUCCAUUGUCACAGCAAGCAUCUAGUGCUGUGCAACCAGGUCCAGCUCAAUCCAAAUAUGUGAAAGUUUGGGAGGGAAAUUUAUCUGGGCAGAGACAAGGGCAACCUGUUUUUAUCACCAGACUGGAGGGAUACAGGAGUGCUUCAGCUUCUGAGACGCUUGCAGCAAACUGGCCCCCGAUAAUGCAAAUAGUUAGACUUAUAUCACAGGACCACAUGAAUAACAAGCAAUAUGUGGGGAAGGCAGAUUUUCUAGUUUUCCGGGCAAUGAAUCAGCAUGGUUUUCUUGGCCAGUUGCAGGAAAAGAAGCUUUGUGCCGUCAUUCAGUUACCAUCCCAAACACUGCUGCUAUCUGUUUCUGAUAAAGCUUACCGCUUGAUUGGAAUGCUUUUUCCUGGGGAUAUGGUUGUGUUUAAGCCGCAAAUACCCAAUCAGCAGCAACAACAACAAAUGCAACAGCAGCAACAUCCACAGCUACAACAACAACAACAACAACAUCCCCAGCUGCAGCAACAGCAGCAGCAUCCCCAGCUGCAACAACAACAGCAGCUUCCCCAACUACAGCAGCAGCAACCACUUCAGCAGAUGCAGCAGCAGCAACCGCUUCAGCAAAUGCCACAACAGCAACAGAUGCCGCAACUUCAGCAACAACAGCAGCAGCUGUCACAGAUGCAAACACAGCAGCAGCUUCCACAGCUCCAACAACUGCAGCAACAGCAACAACUUCCUCAGCAGCAACAAAUGGUCGGGACUGGGAUGGGUCAAACUUAUGUUCAAGGUCCCGGACGGUCACAAUUAGUUUCACAGGGACAAGUUUCAUCACAAGGACCAAAUACCAUGCCUGGAGGGGGCUUUAUGAGUUGAUAAGAGUUUAUACCAGUUAGAAAUGUUAGUAGGUUAUCAUGUAGAAUAUUGUUUGGCCGUUAUUUAGAACCUUGAAGAAUCAUCUGUCUUUUUGUCUUGUCAAGUUGGAGGACUGGUCAGAUUAGGGACAGGAUGUGAAUGUUAUAGCAAAGUUCUAUAUCAGAAAUAUAGAUCCUGUAAGAAUUUUGUAUUCACAGAUAAGUUUGUUUUGUGAAUAUGAUCAGCUCACAGUCUUGUUCU